CCCUCCCCCCUCCCCCCCCCUUCACCUCGGCUUCCUGUGUCACUCUCCCCCCUCCACAUCCUUCCCCAGCCAUGCGGAGUGGAGGUCGAUCCGGCGGCGGCAUGCGCUCCGGCGGCGGCAUGCGCUCCGGCGGCGGCAUGCGCUCCGGCGGGAGCUCGCACUCGCGCUCGCGCCCGUCUUACUCCUCGCACCGGAGCCACUCGCGCCCGUACCGGUCGCACCACCACCACCACCAUCACCACCAUAGCCGCUACCACCGGUCCCAUGUCACGACGCACUCCUACUCCACCGGCGGCUCGGCAUACUACUCGAGCUCCUCCUCGGGGUGCUGCGACUGCGGGCCCUUCUGCACGGCCAUCUACUGCUUCCGGGCCCCGGCAUCCGACUCACGGCCCAAGCACGCCAAGACCCACUGGGUUGUCUGCUCGGCGGCCAUCUGGUGGGGCCUGGUUUUGUCCUUCCUCGCGAUGAUCGUGUGCGUGUCGGUCCUGCCAUUGUACACGUCGCGCUCGCGGAGCCUGCCCCCCACCGGCACCUUCCGCCUGGCCAUCAAUCCGGCCUUCUUCGAGGGCAUCGAGGUGCGGGCCGGCGCGGACCUCGGGGCCUACCUGAUCCCGGCGGCGGACGGCCGCCCCGAGCAAAGCAGCAUCCUCACCGGCAAUGUGGCCACCCAAUUUUCCAUCCCCCGCGGGGACAGCUACGAUGCCAUGGAGCUCCAUCUGCCGGCCGGGUCCGGGGCCACCAGCAUCACCAUGGGCCCGGUCACUUGCCCGCUGCACUUCCUCAUCAUCCGCGGCAAGAGCACCUUCGACAACUGGGUCGCCGGUGACACGGUGCCGGUGGUCUUCACGUCGAGCAUCACCUCCACCCAGCCGACCAUCUUCUCCAUGACGGCCUCCUCCUCGGAUUACUACUACUUCGUGGUGUACAACCCGCACUUCGGGUCGUGCGGCUCGGGGAACAUCCAAAUGCAGCUGGCCUCCUCGCAGCCGGCCUACCGGCUGCCCCCCUCCCGGCGCAUCCCCCUCGACCAGCACAUCCCGCUGGAUGACCGAUCCGGCAUGUCGACGCUCAUCCUGGCCACGUCGGCCACCCCGGUGUACCACUCGGUGCGGGUGUUUUACACCCGCCGGCCGGCGCUCUUCGGCGUGAUCAUGGGCCUGAGCAUUGGGCUUCCCCUGGUGCUGGGCCUGGUGGUGGCCAUCGUCAGCUACGUGGUUUACCGGUCCCGGCGGGCCGAGCACGACCCCCAGGCCAAGCCGGCCGUGGAGAUGGGCUCCGUGCCGCCGGCCGGCGUGGCAUACCCCGGCGGCGGCCAGGUGAUGGUUGCCCCGGCCCCCGGGCCGGACGGCGCGUACUAUGCCCCGCCGCCGGCGCCGCCACCGCCAGGGGCCGAUGGGGCUGUGGUCUUCCCGCCGCCCUAUGUGCCGGGUGGUCCGGGGGAGGUGACGCUGGCGCCGCCGGUGCCCCCUCCUGCCGCCGGGGGCCAGGCCCUGCCCCCGGUCGGCGGCCCCCCCGGAGCAUACAGCCCGUACGCGGUCCCCGACGCCGGUGGGUAUGUGGCCAUGCCGCAGCCCCCGGGCCCGGGCCCCGAGUCCGGCGGGUAUGUGGCCAUGCCGCAGCCGCCGGCGCCGUCUGCCGGCCCGGCCGGCUACCCGGGCCCGAUGCCGGGCUCGGCGGGAUAUCCCGCCCCGCCGGGCGAUCCCGCGGACUAUCCCCCCCCGCCGCCGUAUGCCGCGGGGGGCCCGCCGCCGGCCGGUGGCGGUGCCGGCUGGUCCAAGUACUGAGGCAGCAGGCCGGGCAAGGGCCUGCUGCCUUGUCUGGUUGUUGGCCGCGCGCGCGCGCAUGCAAUACACUGUUUGUGCCUG